GUGGUGAUUAGGGCCACCUUGAACUGCAAUCGUUUCUUCACUUUCACAGUCGCGUACCAGCGUUCUUCAUCCAGGCGCGAACCGACGGGUGGCCGUAGCAAUCAUUAAAUUGGAGCACCUUCCCCCAUGUUAGAAAAACAAAAACAGUUUUGUGAUUACAUAACAUCAUAAUUGCGUUUCUGCGAUAGAUUCGCGCUGGAGGUAUUUAGCGCUGUACAGUUGCACAAAAGCGCACGAUAGAAGCAUCGUCACUCAUAGGAAAGCAAAGCAAUACCCCAUCACAAUAGAGCUGUAACAGUUUAUAGAUUUUUUACAGAGGCGCACAUACGUCGGAGGAAAGGAGUCAUCUGAGAAUACGCCGCGCUUUAAAGGGGUCAAUAGAUUCCGUUCUUUAUAAUAGAAAUGUACUCGAAUGCGGCUACCUUUAUGCCUUCGCUACCCGCGGGCACUGACGUGCCCCUUGACGAGUGCUUUCCGAUCGACGACGUGCCCGCGCGGUCGCCACACUGCAUUAGCUGGGGUCCGCACAACAUCUUGCAGGUGUGCACGCGCUGGUCCAUCUCCUUCCACCUGACGAGUCUGCUGACCCCUGCCCGCCAGCUUCAGAUUCGGCAUCAUCCACUUUGUCACCGCACCGACGUGGAGUCGAUGGAGGUGGUGGUGGGUGCCAAGUGGAGCACCUCGCUCAUGCCGGAGGUCUUCUACCCGGCCAGUGCGCGCCUGUGUGCUCAGACCACAAGCAACUUGGUGGUGUACCGUGUCAGUCGGAAUGGCACGGCGCGGGUGAAGGUGAGCUACGGCAUUGGAAUUGCGUGCUGCCGCGGUGGCUCAAGAAGUUCGCUGAGCGUGGACACGCAUGGGGAAAGCGCAAGCGGUGCACCUUCUGAAAGGGUGAAACCCAGCUCAACGGCGGACGCUGGAGGCAACGAUGGCGACUCUGCGAGGUCAAAGUCUGCUGCGUCGCGUAAACGUAAGCCAGCGGCAAAAACGGUAACUGCCCCGAGAGUGAAAAGAACGGCAACCACCGCAGCUCAAAAGCGUCAACGACGCCGUGGAAAGGAGAGCAGUGAUGAAAGCGAAAGUGAAGUUGAGAGCACCUCUACUUCUUCUUCCUCCUCUUCACAUACAAGCAGCAGCGGCAGCGACAGUGAUUCAGGCUCGGAUUCAGAAGUCAAGACGUCACGUUCCCGUGCUGCAGCUCCGAAGCGCGGUGACCGGCGAGCUGCCGCGGUGGCCACCAGCUCUGCCCCAGCAGACAAUGGUAACGACAGAGGGGGUGAGACCGCUGUUUUCGGUGCCACACGUGGAUCCUUGCACAACCGCACCGGUAGUAGCGUGCCUCAGCGAUCUUCAGCUGCCGCGAUGGAGCACGAAACUGCAGAUCCCUUGAAAGACUCCGACACGACCCUGUUGGACUACACGUGGCUCAGCAACGACGAGUUAGUCGUGCUCUCGUCCCGCGGCCUACACGUUGUGCCGUUCUACGGUGAGUUGUCCGAUGACGAGAGCCCGCAAGUACGGAAUCUUCCCCCGCCUGUUUACACGUGGAAUGGGCGUGAGGAUGUUGCCGCGCUUGGUUUUGCAGGGUCGACACCGACGUGCUUCGCGCCUACCGCUGCUAGCGGGCUUGCCUCCCAGGCCACUGCUUCUACGCUUUCUUUUCUGAAGCGCACGCUGGUCGUUGCCAGUCCGUACCUGUUGCGUGUGGUGCACAUCCCAGCUGACGCACCCAAACCAUGCUCGCCUGCCGCGGCUCGACUCCUUCACUACGUGGAGGUGCCUGCGUUGCUGUCAGUUCCAACGGCUGUCUGCGCUGUUGCGGUGGCGCUGGGGCGUUCCACGGGUGCGUUGUCUGACGUCGAUGCGGCGGACAUCAUCGUCUUUCUUGCUGCACCGAGCCUCGUCCUGCGCGGUCGCUUUACCUUAGUGAUUCCACCCAGCACACCUUCGGCGCCGUCUGCGUCGCUGCGCACCAGCACAUGGACGACGGACGCGCAGUUUGGACCCGACCAGCUCGUGGGCGAGAUUAGUUUGCGGGCUUUAUUAGUAGCUCCGUUUGCUGCUGAGGUGCCCACCGCGCUCACCGACGUGGCACGCAGCAGCUCGGCAGUACCUGCUGUGACUGCUUCCACCACUGCUACCUCUUCUAUGGCCCCCAGCGGCAGUCUAUGCACCGCCGUCGUAGGCGUUGGCGAGCGGGCUCUCUUUCAGUACCUGCUCUCCGGUCCGUCCUGCGUGACACUCUUUCAGUGUCCGCUGCUGGCCGGACACAGCGAGAUGCCGGCACGGAGGUGUGCGGGGGUCACAGGUGUGGCGCUGCACCCGGCGGGCAGCGUGGCUGUGGUGGCCGUGCAAAGCGGGCACACAAACCAGGAGCCGGUGCAUUUGUGGCCGGUGACGAUCGACGAUCCCGGGAGCUGGUUGCGCCGGUUUGUGGAGCUUGCGGGGGUGCUGCGUGAGCAGGAAGGGGAGGCCAACAACAAUAGGAAGAGAGACGCACCUUCAACUGGGAGUCCUCCAGCGGCCGGAGCUGCUGCUGCGAACAACGACGCGGGCCGUUCUUACUGCGACACCAGAAGUCUUCUUCGCAGCCAGGUCAGCGACGCGUUUUUCCUGCGGGAGCGCCUGCUGGGUGGGUCGACGGCGCAGUCGGGUGCGCUGCACCGCUACGCGCACAUGCUACAAGAGACAUUCCAGAUGCCUUCCCAUGAAACGCUGAAACAGAUUCGGGCAUUUGGGUUGGCGAGGGAGGCGGCUGCCCGGUUGGCCUCCCCGCUCAUCGCGGACCUUCACCUGCGUCGAGCCUAUUUGCAGUUGCGCGCUCAGUACGGUUUGGAGCUGUUCUUGCGGUGGCCGCUCCCCCUGUCAGCGUCAGAGAGUGACGAGCAAGAAGGUUGCGUUGUCUCACUGUUCGCUUCUCUUUCUGAAAUGGAAUCGAAAGCGAUGUCCUGGCCGUGGUGGCGGCUGCUGCGGCACAUCUGGGCCAGCUGCCCUUGGGAUAAGCCGGUGCUGCAUGAGCUGAUCUUGUCCAACGCGAUUCGGAUCCUUGCGAAGCGUCACGGGUACGCCAACAUGGCCGUUGACGCAUCGGAGCGCUUCCGCGAGCGCGCACCGUCCGACACGAAUGCGAAAGCGGGGAUGAGAGGACAGGGCGUUACGGUGGACGCGAGCAAGUGCUCCACAGACCCCGACACGGUUGAUGUUGACGGUGCGCGGUGCUACGUUGAGGCUUAUGUGCGACGACAGGAAGAGAUGCUCAAUUCUGCGGCGAAGGAUGGUGGGGCCAAUACGCUACCGCCGGGCAGCUCCAUUGUCGUGCUCACCGCCGCCGAUUGCGAACCGCCUGCUCUCCGCAGUUCAAGAGAAAAAUCGACUGGUAAGAAGAACGGUGAAGACCACUGGAAGCAAGUGCACUGGUGCAUUUCUCAGGCCUGGGUGUCAACACUGAAGGACUUCCUCGCUUGUGUUGCAGGUGGGAAGAAAACCGAUGCACUCUUAGCCUCGCCACCUUCUUCCUCCAAGGCGUCGUCUUCGCCGGCUGUCGGUGCGCGCGAGCAAAUCCGCUUUCCGUGUUCGCUGUGCGACCGUGACAGUGCCGUGAUGUUUCGCAUGUCUCUCUCGAGCACCUCACAUCACGUUCCUCUUUCCGUUGAGGCGGCGGCGUCGCUCUCUUCGUCUGUUGUCGCCCACACCACCCUCUUCUCCGGCACAACGUUUAGCCCGCUCUCGUUCUUCUCGCCAGAUUACGUGCUGACGCGGUGCUUUUCGUGCGGACUGAGCGACUAUGCCGACGGGCCGCUGUGCCGCGUGUGUGGCGGCCUUCUCGAGUAG